AUGGCCUCUACCAGCCCCACGCCCCUCUCCACCUCAUCCACUAGAUCCGCCUCCGCUCCCUCUGCUAUUGUCAACCUGGGAUCAUUAGGAAGGAGAUCCGCCUCCGCUCCCUCUGCUAUGGCCAACCUGGACGAGUUGGGGGAGGGGGAAAAGAGGGAAAGAGGGGGAGUUGGGUCAUUUCUCCCCCUCCCCCCUUCACUUCCCCUCUCACUUCCCUUCACCCUUCCUUUUCCUCCCCCCCUUCUUCCACCCCUUUCCGUGCCACUCACACACCUCUGCAUCACUCACUCACCCCUUCUCCAUCUGCUCGCUAAGAGCAUUCCCCACCCUUCCUCUCCCCCUUCCCUUCCCAUUCACCCCUCCCUUCGCUCUGCCCCUCACUCACCCCUUCGCCAUCUGCUCGCUAAGAGCAUUCCCCACCCUUCCUCUCCCCCUUCCCUUCCCAUUCACCCCUCCCUUCCCUCUGCUCCUCACUCACCCCUUCGCCAUCUGCUCGCUAAGAGCAUUCCCCACCCUUCCUCUCCCCCUUCCCUUCCCAUUCACCCCUCCCUUCCCUCUGCCCCUCACUCACCCCUUCGCCAUCUGCUCGCUAAGAGCAUUCCCCACCCUUCCUCUCCCCGUUCCCUUCCCAUUCACCCCUCCCUUCCCUCUGCCCCUCACUCACCCCUUCGCCAUCUGCUCGCUAAGAGCAUUCCCCACCCUUCCUCUCCCCCUUCCCUUCCCAUUCACCCCUCCCUUCCCUCUGCCCCUCACUCACCCCUUCGCCAUCUGCACGCUAAGAGCAUUCCCCACCCUUCCUCUCCCCCUUCCCUUCCCAUUCACCCCUCCCUUCCCUCUGCCCCUCACUCACCCCUUCGCCAUCUGCUCGCAAAGAGCAUUCCCCAUCUCCGUUGGUCCGUCCAGCAGCGCCGCGUCUUCCGCGUCCGGCCCCUUGGGCACCACCUCCGCCUCCGUACCCUCUGCCCUCCCUUCCCCCGUUCCUUCCCUUUCCCCUCCCCCUUCCCUCUGCCCCUCACUCACCCCUUCGCCAUCUGCUCGCUAAGAGCAUUCCCCAUCUCCGUUAACGCGUCCAGCAGAACCGCGUCUUCUGCGUCGGGCCCCUUGGGCACCACCUCCGCGCCCUCAAUCAUCUCCGGCACUAUGAUUGGCGCAUCGUCCGCUCCUGCAGCCGCUGCCACGUCAGCACCAGGAGAGCAGAGCCACGUCACGUCAGCCAGUCUGCGCUGCACCGCUGGUGGUAGGGACUUCUUUUUGAGACGACUGAGAAGGUUUUGA